AUGCUUGCAGGGAAAAAUGCCAGCUGUGGGACUAGAAGUGCGGGCCGUACUACAUCCGCAGGCACUGGCGGCAUGUGGAGAUUCUACACAGAGGACUCCCCGGGGCUCAAAGUUGGUCCUGUUCCAGUUUUGGUUAUGAGUCUCCUCUUCAUUGCUUCUGUAUUUAUGUUGCAUAUCUGGGGCAAGUACACUCGCUCAUAGACUCAAUACCAUCUAUGUGUCUGCCAUUUAAAGCCUACAUCUUGGACCAAAAGUAAGGAGGAUUUUUGUUUGCUCAUGGAGAGAGAAUAUUUGGAAAGCUUCCGGUAUCACUAUUGAGGAAUCCAUUGUCACUUUUAUUUGGUGUUGAAUGAACUGUUAAAUUUUUCUGUUUGUGCAGGUUUUGAAGCUUUGCUAUCACAGGUCACUGUAUGUUUGGCUAUGGACUUUGUAUGUUUGGCUAUAGACAAAUUACAGGUCUUAAAAUAAAAUGUGUAUAUGUAAAUUGAA